UGUUUUAUUUUUACAAUGAAAAUCGCAAAAAAUUUCCAGAGCACUCCUUGGUUAACACGGUUAGGUUGGCAAUGGAAUGAGUCGACCUACGAGCUAGACCGUCAGUCUGUCGUUUUCUGCACAUCCAGCGAUCAGAAGAGGGACGCUGAACGCCGAAGCCGAAAUUGGAGCGUGCGGGCGGCCAGCGAGUCGUCGCGAGCGGCCAGCGGACAUGUCCGAGUGAUGGAGUGUCCACACCUAGCGGUGGGCGCCGAGGCGGAGGCGGCUGCUCGUUCCUCUAGCUCGGCCGGGGGCGGCGUCAAGUGCGGCGACUGCGACGCGACGCACGGCCUCUGGCUGUGCUUGACGUGCGGCGGCCUCAACUGCGGCCGCUACGUCGCCGGACACGCCAAGGCGCACUACGAGGCCACUGGACACGAGACCGCCCUCGACUGGACAGCGCUGUCCGUCUAUUGCUACACCUGCGACGAAUACGCCGUCAACGACAACCCGCGGCUGGCCGCCGUACGAGCGGCCAGAUCUGCACCCCCGCCGCGCCGAUCUCUCCGCCCCAGGAAGCCCACCAAGCGCUCGCCCACCGGACGGCAGGAGGAGAAUGAAGAGGAGGAGGCGGAGGAGACGGUGACCAAGAGGCCCAAGGAGGUGCGCGUCGUCGGUCUGCGCAACCUGGGCAACACAUGCUUCAUGAACGCCGUGCUCCAGUCGCUCAGUAACAUUCAGGAGUUCUGCGGCUACUUCAAGAAGCUGCCGGCACUAGAGGCUAAAGAUGGCCGCAGUCGGAUGGCGUUCCGCAACUUGCGGUACGACGAGAGUGACAGUCUGAUGACCGAAGAGCUGCGCAAGGUGCUGGUCAGCCUGGACAGCGGAGACAAAGCGGCCAUCUCGCCAGAGUCCCUCUUCUCCGUCAUUUGGAAAGUGGUGCCCAGAUUCAGGGGAUACCAACAGCAGGACGCUCACGAGUUUUUGCGCUACAUGCUGGACAGGCUGCACACGGAGCUGCUGACGCUGCUGCCGAAUGAGCCGGCCAACCACUCGAUUGUAACCAGCGUUUUCGGAGGCACCCUGCAGAGCGAGGUGCACUGUCUGACGUGUGGCACGGACUCCAAGAAGCACGACCCCUUCCUCGACCUGUCCCUCGACGUCCCCGACCGCUUUUUGCCGGGGCGCACCAAGAGCAAGGAGAACACAGAGGAGUGUGCAGUUUCAUGCCACCUCGAAGACUGCCUGAAGAGCUUUGUGGAGGUGGAAGAACUGGCCGAGUCAGAGCUGUACUACUGCAGUUCGUGCAAGAGCAAGCAGCGCUCAACAAAGCGCUUUUGGAUCCGGCGGUUGCCGAAUGUGCUGUGUCUGCACAUCAAGCGCUUCCGCUGGUCUUUCUGCUCGCGCACCAAGCUCGACACGUAUAUUUCAUUCCCACUGCGCGCUCUGGACAUGUCCCAGUUUGUGCUGGGCGAGUCGGAGAGCCACCUUUACGACUUGGCUGCUGUGAUAGUCCACCACGGAUCAGGUGCCGGCUCAGGACACUACACGGCGUUUGCUGUCAACAAAGGAAACUGGUUCCACUUUAACGACAGCACCGUGCGAACCGUGCCCGCCAAGGAGGUGGAGAAGUGCAAGGCUUACAUCUUGUUCUACAUUCGUCAGGAGUUCCGGCUGCCGCAGUUCUAGCCGUCGGUAAUACGAAAGAAGAGAUGAUAAUUCCAUUCAAUUUAUUUAAUUUAGUUUUAAUUACUCGGUCGCUGCCAAUUUUUGUGCGCAGCAAAGGGACACAUACGGAUUUUCAAACCCCUUUACUUGUCCCCCGCCCACUCUGCUAGCUGGACACUGAUUGCUAAGUGAUUUUCUGGUGAAGUUGAAGCUACACUUAAAAAGUAAUUGUUGCAAGUUCGCAUCACUCUUUAGACAGAAGGAGGAAAUUUCCAACGCAGAACUGAUCACGUUUCGGGUUCUGUUGCUUCGUUCGCGAAAAAGCUUUUCAGUGUAAUUUUCUUCCUUUGUGUGGAAGUCCUUGAAACUAGUUUUAUCAAAAUAAAAUGGAGAAGAACCAAG